AAUUAUUUGUAGUCGAUAUAGAUCGACAACCCUAACCGGCGCAUUGUUUGUUUGUCUGUCAUUUGCACGUUUCUUUUUGCAUUUUUGUUUAUUAUUUUCAGAUUAUUAUUUCUCUGAUAUUAUGAAGGAACCAAAGCAAGCAGCAAUAGAAGACUUAGCAGAAUUACGUAAUUAUUUCUCAUCACAUAACAGUAUCCGUGAAUACAUUGCUCACAGCUCGAAAGUACAUUCAGUAGGCUGGUCGUGUGAUGGAAGAAGGCUUGCAUCUGGUUCAUACGACAAGAAUGUAGCUAUAUUUACAUUAGACCGACAUAGAUUGAGCCAAGAUUUUCUGUUUCGUGGUCAUACAGGCUCUGUGGACCAAUUGUGUUGGCAUGCUUCACAUCCUGAUCUCCUCAGUACCGCUAGUGGAGACAAAUCUGUAAGAAUUUGGGACACAAGAACACACAAAUGUGCUGCAACAAUAGCCACCAAAGGAGAAAAUAUUAAUAUAGCCUGGUCCCCUAAUGGGAAUACAAUUGCUGUUGGUAACAAAGAGGACUUAGUGUCAUUUAUAGAUACCAAGACAUAUAAAGUAGUUUUAGAAGAACAAUUCAAUUUUGAAGUAAAUGAAAUAUCAUGGAAUUUAUCUUCAGAUUUAUUUUACUUAACAAAUGGCUUGGGCUGUGUACAUAUUUUGACGUACCCCGGGCUGGAGCUGCAGACGGUGCUGAAGGCGCACCCGGGCACGUGUAUCUGCAUCGAGCACGACCCCACGGGCCGGUACUUCGCCACCGGCUCCGCGGACGCGCUCGUCUCGCUGUGGGACGUGCACGAGCUCGCCUGCCUCAGGGUCUUCUCGAGGUUGGAAUGGCCCGUACGAACCCUCUCGUUCAGCUUCGACGGUCGACUGCUCGCAUCAGCUAGCGAGGAUCACAUCAUAGACAUCGGUGAUACAGAGACUGGCGAGAAGGUGGCGGAGAUCCCCGUGUCGGCGUCCACGUUCACGGUGGCGUGGCACCCGCGCCGGUACUUGGCCGCGUACGCGUGCGAGGACAAGGAGCCGCCCGAGCGCAAGCGGGACUCCGGCGCGCUCAAGCUGUGGGGGCUGCCCAACAACUAGUACCAGUACUGUACUGGCUGUGCCAACCUCGUUCCAAUUUUAAAUACUUGAAAUAAUUUAUAUCAAAUAAAUAUUUUUACACUCCCGAUUGAUUUGUUUCUGUAUUGAAUAUUAAGUUGGCUUAACAAAAUUGAAUACAACACUGUUUUCGUUCAUAUGCACGCAGCCAAACUAUGCUGUCUUAAACCGUGUGCAUGAUAAAGAUAUACUUUAUUUUAAAGUCAUUGUAUAUAAUAGUAUUAAGUAUAGUCUUAUGUGAAAUAGGAAUUAAGACUUGCUGUGAAAGUUUUGGCUGACUUUUUUUUGUAUCGAUUCACUUUUGUUGUAAUUUCAAAGUGAUAAUAAACUGUG